AGAAAACAAAACCCCGUAGGAACUCCUUCGACUCUCCCCAGUCUGCAAGAGGUUUUAGAUUGUAGUUUCUGAUCCCCAAACGCGGCAACUGGUUCACCGACUCGCCGGAGAAGAUGACGACGAAGAUAGCGCCGGGAGUCGGAGCUAAUCUGCUCGGCCAGCACGCCCCCGAGAGGAACCAAGACGCCACUGCCUAUGUCGGCAAUCUAGAUCCCCAGGUUUCUGAGGAGUUGCUUUGGGAGCUGUUUGUUCAAGCCGGCCCAGUUGUUAAUGUGUACGUUCCGAAGGAUAGAGUUACUAACUUGCAUCAAGGAUAUGGAUUCAUUGAGUUUCGCAGUGAGGAAGAUGCAGAUUACGCAAUUAAGGUUUUGAAUAUGAUUAAGCUCUACGGGAAGCCAAUUCGUGUAAACAAGGCAUCUCAAGACAAGAAGAGUUUGGAUGUGGGAGCGAAUCUCUUCAUAGGAAACCUCGACCCCGAUGUCGAUGAAAAGCUCCUCUAUGAUACUUUCAGUGCUUUUGGGGUCAUUGUGACAAAUCCUAAGAUUAUGAGAGAUCCAGAUACAGGAAAUUCGCGUGGGUUUGGUUUUAUUAGCUACGACUCUUUUGAAGCAUCUGAUGCAGCAAUAGAGGCAAUGAAUGGCCAGUAUCUUUGUAAUCGUCAAAUAACGGUUUCUUAUGCCUAUAAGAAAGAUACCAAGGGUGAACGACACGGCACACCUGCGGAGAGAGUAUUGGCUGCUAGCAAUCCCCAGAAGAGUAGACCUCACACUUUGUUUGCAAGUGGCCCUCCGACACUUCCAAAGGUUGCACAGCCUAACGGCACGAUGGGAACUCUGAUGCCACCACGCCCCUUCGCUAAUGGUGGCAUUGCUCCCAGCCCAAUUCCUGCUAUACGUCCUCCACCACCGCAAGGGGUGGCUUUCCCCCCUAUGCAGAUGCCUGGACAACCACCAGCCUGGCAGGGUCAGCCGCAGCAACAAGGUCAAAUUAUGCCGGGUUCCAUGAUGCUACCCCCUGUUCAGCAGUUUCGGCCACCUCCCCCAAACAUGCCUCCGCCACCGCCUCAGGCUCCUGGUCAUUCCAUGCCUAUCCCUCCACCAAUGGGAAUGGGAGGAGGACAGCCACCUCUUUGGCGACCACCACCACCGCCAAUGCAACAGCAGCAGCAGCCGGGAAGGCCCCCUAUGCAAAUGUCGUCGAUGCCCCCACCGCCACCUCCGAAUCACAUUCCACCACCUCAUCCAUCUUCUGGCUAAGACAUUAUUAUGCUAAGCUAGCAAUGAGAAUGAAGUUUUUUCUGCCUGAACAUCGUGUUUAUUUCUUUUUUAUGAUAAUGUUCAGUAGGUUGUUAUAUUAUCAUUCAAAUUGUAACACUUUCAUCCGAGAAAUUAGUAGGAAGCAAUAUGACAUCUUUGCUACAAAAUAGAGAAUGUUCUCAUCUUAGUUUGGGAUA